AUAUCUAUUCUCCAGAGAGAGAGAGAGAGACAGAGGUUGGGCUCAGAGCAUAAUCACCAACUCUCUAACCAGAGCACCAUAAAAAGCAAAACAAUGUUGAGCCUCUCAAUUGCUACACCACUUCCCAAACCUUCCCUUCCACUUCCUAAAUCCGGGUUCGCCGGCAUCCAACUCAACCAAACAUGCCUUCUCCCGCCGCUUCGAGUUCGCCCCCGGACGGCGUACAGGGCCGCCAGGACUCCGGCGGCGUCGGUGGUGAUGAUGGCGAAGAAGGACGAAGAAUUGAAGGAAAUCAGAGGACUGACCACCGACGAGAUCAACGAGCAGGUUGUUGACCUUAAAGGCGAGCUCUUCAUGCUUCGCCUGCAGAAGUCCGUCAGGAAUGAGUUCAAGUCCAGCGAGUUCCGCCGUAUGCGCAAAAGGAUUGCACGCAUGUUAACAAUUAAGCGUGAGAGAGAGCUUGAAGAGGGUAUCAACAAGAGGUUAUCAAGAAAGCUUGACCGGCAAUGGAAGAAAAGCAUUGUUGUCAGACCACCUCCGUCUUUGAUCAAGUUGCGAGAGGAAGAAGCAGCCGAAGAAGCUGAGAAAUCUGCUUGAGACAAUCAAACACAGCUCUGGAGAACUUUCUUUGGUACCUCAAAUUUUCAGAUAAUUUUGUAUAAUGUCAGUAUCUGUACUUGAUUCUGUUUCCUUUUCAAUGUCAUCUUGGAAUUAUGAUUAGCAUGAUUGUAAGUUCCCUGAAUACUGUUUGAAAUGAAGAGUUAUUCAGAAUUAUAGGUUUCAUGUUUAUCCAUUCUGCUUUGUCAACAGUAUAGCCUAAAGCAGUCUAAAACCUGCUUGAGAAAGGACAUAAGAAAAGGAGAGCUUUUAUAGCUUCUACUUGAUUUUCCUAUAUUCUUGGGCUGGACUAAGGCAGCCAUUAAUCAAAAGCUUCAGCCUUU